GUCCAUCAGCGUAAGGACCGCGCUGCGCUGGAAAAGUGGGUUUGGGGGAAUUACGAGUACUUAAUUUAACGUGGAAUUACGCAGCGGAGACGCAUGGCACAGCCCGGCUAGCACGACAAGAUGAUACCUUUACCCACUCUGUUUGACUUUUGAGAGAGGGAGAGCAGGAAAAAAGCGAGGGAGACGGAUACCUAUGGUUUGGUGUCAGGGUGCCAAAGCCGGCCGUGUCUCCUCUCCAAACGGUGCGCACUCGCUGGUCGUACCUUCCUCUCUGGGAAUUCCAAAAUGGGAUGCAGAGGCGCGUUGGGAUGCUGCCUGUUCGCGGCGCUGUCUUGCUGCCUCCUCCCCGGCUGCAGAGGCAACAUAACCGUGGCGGUGAUGCUCCCGGACAACCACCUCAAGUAUCCAUGGGCUCUGCCUCGCGUCUUCCCGGCCAUCCUCAUGGCGCACGAAGACCUGCACGGCAAACACGGGCUACUGCUGGGCCGAUCCAUCAACAUCCUGAACUACAGCACCGAGGAUCCGGCCGCAGGUUCGUGCGCUGAGAGCCGCGCACAGGUGGUGGCAGUGGACGCGAAGCUUUACAUCAGCCCGGACGCUUUUUUCGGACCCGGGUGCGUGUACCCGCUCGCCUCCGUGGGGCGUUUUGCGUCCCACUGGAAGCUCCCGCUGAUCACCGCCGGAGGACCCGCUUUCGGCUUCGAUAAGCGGGAUGAGUACAGGACCAUCGUGCGCAGCGGACCUUCCACCACCAAGCUGGGAGACUUCGCCAACGUCCUGCACACCCACUUCAACUGGACGUCCCGGGCCGUGGUGAUCUUCCACGAUUUGAGGCAGGACGACCGGCCGCACUACUUCCUCUCGGAGGGGAUCUACCUGAACCUGAAGGAGGAGAUGAACAUCACGGUGGAGGCCCAGCCGUACGAGGACGACUAUAAGUACUACAAGGACCUCAUCGCUUUCAUGAAGGAGCACGGCAGAAUUGUCUACAUCUGCGGCCCCUUGGAGACAUUCCUGAACAUCAUGAAACUCUUUCAGAGUGAGAUCCAGGACCCAGAAAACUAUGCCAUUUUUUAUCUGGACGUCUUCGCCGAGAGCUUAACAGAGCGCAAACCGUGGCAGAAUUCCGACUCUGACUGGGUUGAUCCGAUCAAGGUCUUUAAGUCUGUUUUCGUCAUAACGUACCGGCCUCCUGAUAAUCCAGAGUACAAAGACUUUCAGAGGAAACUCCAUGCCAGAGCACAGAGGGAUUUCGGUGUGCAUUUGGAGCCGUCACUGAUGGACUACAUCGCCGGCAGCUUCUAUGACGGUUUCGUGCUGUAUGCGAAGGCCUUGGAGGAGACGCUUGCGCAGGGUGGAGCCCAGAACGAUGGCAUCAACAUUACCAUGAGGACGCAAAACCGCAAAUUCUGGGGGGUGACGGGUGUUUUUAGCACUGAUCACAAUAAUGCCAGGGAUAUAGACGUCAACCUGUGGGCAAUGUCUCACCAGGAGACAGGAGAGUACGGGCUUGUCGCUUACUACAAUGGUACCACCAAAGAGAUCAUUUGGUCCCAGACGGAGAGGAUUCACUGGCCCAGCGGAGGUCCGCCGUUGGAUAACCCACCCUGUGUGUUUUCUACAGACGACCCCUCCUGCAAUGAUGGUCAUCUGCCAGUUCUGGGUAUUGUAGCUGUGGGAUCUGGCUUAGCGCUCAUCAUUUUCGGAAUCUCCAGUUUCCUCAUUUACAGGAAACUGAAGCUGGAGAAAGAGCUGGCUGGAAUGCUGUGGAGGAUUCGGUGGGAGGACCUUCAGUUCGAGAGCCCCAAUAAAUACCACAAACGAGCCGGCAGUCGCCUCACCCUCUCGCAGAGAGGCUCCAGCUACGGAUCCUUGAUAACUGCCCAUGGAAAAUAUCAGCUAUUUGCAAAAACGGGCUAUUUUAAGGGGAAUCUGGUGGCCAUCAAACACGUCAACAAGAAGAGGAUAGAGCUGACCAGACAAGUUUUACUGGAGCUCAAACAUAUGAGAGACGUCCAGUUCAACCAUCUAACCAGGUUCAUCGGGGCCUGCAUCGACCCUCCCAACAUCUGCAUUGUAACCGAGUACUGUCCCAGAGGCAGCCUGCAGGACAUUCUGGAGAAUGAGAGCAUCAACCUGGACUGGAUGUUCCGCUACUCGCUGAUCAAUGACAUCGUGAAGGGAAUGAACUAUCUCCACAACAGCUACUUUGGCUGCCAUGGAAAUCUGAAGUCAUCUAAUUGCGUGGUGGACAGUCGAUUUGUUUUGAAAAUCACGGAUUAUGGCUUGGCCAGCUUCCGCUCAUCCUGCGAAAACGAUGACUCGCACGCUCUCUAUGCAAAGAAGCUUUGGACAGCUCCUGAGCUGCUCAUAUACGACCGCCAUCCUCCUCAGGGGACUCAGAAGGGUGAUGUGUACAGUUUUGGCAUCAUACUGCAGGAAAUAGCCCUGAGGAAUGGACCUUUCUUUGUGGAAGGCAUGGACCUCAGCCCUAAAGAGAUCGUUCAGAAGGUGAGGAACGGUCAGAAGCCGUACUUUCGGCCCACGACGGACAGCAGAUGUCACUCGGAGGAGCUGACCAUCCUGAUGGAGGGCUGCUGGGCCGAAGACCCCGCAGAGAGGCCCGACUUCGGCCACAUCAAGAUCUACAUGGCCAAGCUCAACAAGGAGGGCAGCACCAGUAUUCUUAACAACCUGCUGUCCAGGAUGGAGCAGUACGCCAAUAAUCUUGAGAACCUGGUGGAGGAGCGAACACAAGCCUACCUGGAGGAAAAAAGAAAAGCCGAAAAUCUCCUCUAUCAAAUAUUACCACACUCAGUAGCAGAGCAGCUAAAACGAGGGGAGACGGUGCAGGCGGAAGCGUUCGACAGCGUCACCAUUUACUUCAGUGACAUAGUGGGCUUCACGUCCAUGUCAGCAGAGAGUACACCACUACAGGUUGUUACAUUGCUUAAUGAUCUGUACACCUGUUUUGAUGCCAUCAUCGACAACUUUGACGUAUACAAGGUGGAGACCAUCGGCGACGCCUACAUGGUGGUGUCGGGGCUGCCGGUGCGGAACGGGAAGCUCCACGCCAGAGAGAUCGCCGGGAUGUCGCUGGCUUUGUUAGAGCAGGUCAAAACCUUCAAGAUCCGACACAGACCCAACGACCAGCUGAGACUCAGGAUAGGUAUACACACGGGUCCGGUGUGUGCCGGUGUGGUCGGGUUGAAAAUGCCCAGAUACUGUUUGUUUGGAGAUACUGUCAACACGGCGUCUCGAAUGGAGUCCAACGGAGAAGCUUUGAAGAUCCACCUAUCCUCAGCCACCAAAGAGGUGCUGGAUGAGUUUGGCUACUUCGAUCUUCAGCUACGAGGAGACGUAGAAAUGAAGGGCAAAGGCAAAAUGAGAACCUAUUGGCUUCUUGGGGAGAAGACUGAUGUGUAUGUUAUCUGAGAUGUCUGCUGAUAAUUUGGCAGCAGCAGUGGAGACGACAGCAGAAGCUCCGGUGGCCAAGCCACUUCUUUAUUUGUUCUAGAAUAAGUCCUUACUGGUGAUUUCCGUGUAGAGGAAAAGUGAACGACACCGUACGACAAAAACAGAGUGAAUUCCAGGUAUAUUUAUUACCUGAAUACUGUAACUGCAAAAACAAAAGAUAUUGUAAAAGUUGUUUUUUGUAUGAAGAACCUUUCUGUCCUGAGAGUGAGUACUUUUCACUGAUAAAUUCUUAUUUUUUGUGCUUUCUAUAUUCAGAUUUGUAUAAUGUGUUUGGAAGUCAAUGAUGUAUUAAUAUUUCCUUGGAACACCCAUUGAAGUUUGGAGGCACAGUGUUACUAUCAAUGUCACUGCAGGGGCUCAUCAACAGUGUUUUACAGUGCAAGAUAAUAUGUAUAUAUGUAUAUCCAAGAUACUGUAAGAUAUUUUGUUCAAUAAACCGAGUAAAACACUCUUUUUUCCA